AUGGCUUCAGUCACAAUCCCCGUACCACUUCUCUCCCCAGUCUCGGCGGCAGCGGCAGCAGCCCGGCGCACAGGCCCGCGACCAGAGUCGUGGACCAUUCCGCCCGUGGACAUCAACGAAACAUUUAUCCGCAAGCUGGCGAUCCUGAUCCUCAGCCUGGUUGACCCCUUCGACGCCUUCUACAUCCGCUGGACCGCGGACAACAUUCGCGCCGUGCUGUGCUCCUCGGACAACGAGAUCGUGCCCUGGCUCACAUGGAUCAACCGCGCCUCCUACCAGAGUACCAACCCCCUGCCCCGAGUGCCCAAGAACCUUGAUCGUCUCAUCUUCACGCUCCUGCCGGCCGCACGCAUCUCGGCUACCACCAGCACCUUCAAUAGCUCUGCGAAGAUCGCCGAGACCCUGACCCUGAUCGGCCUGCCCACGCCCAAGGAGAAGGUCCUGGCCCUGCAGCACUGCCUGCGCAACGCCCUGGACUACAAGAAGCUGCCACGCAGUCGAGAUCCACUCCCCCGCAGCGUCCUGGGCGUGUCGGGCCUCCAUCGCCGGAUGACCGCUUUGGAGCAGCAGAUCGGCGACCAAAAUCCCCCCCUGGACACCCGCUUCACCGUCAUCCUCGCCCUCAGCCAGGACUACGCCUGGCCGCAGACCGUCAAGACCCUUGCCGUCACGGGGGAACUAGACCACCUUCAGAUGGCCGCCUUGCAACAACUCCACACCGUGCGCAGCCCCGUCCUCGCCAUCGCCCUCGUGGUCGUGGUGCUACUCACCCCCCCCUUUGAAACCCAGCUGGAGGUGCCCCAUCCGGGGUUCCCCUUCGAGGCCGAGAUGAGGGACAACUUCUUCUUAGGCCUGAACGCGCUCCAGACCCAGCACGGGCUGCAGAAUUUCGCCCAGAGCCUGACCCCAGCCAUGGCCAACGUGCCGGAUGUCCAGCAGUGCGACAUGCCCCAGUGGAGCCAGUACUGGGACACCACGUUGCCUUACCUCAGCAGCGCUCGCCCCUCGUCCGACUCGUCGUAUCACAGCGCCAAACAAUCACAGCGACAACAACAAGACAAUAACAGUGAGAAGCCCGCCCGGAGCCUUGGACGGGGGCUGCAGGUCACCGGCCGCCGUGGGCUCCUCAGUCACAAACUGUCCAUGCCGUCGCUGCACCAGAAGAUCUCCCUCCCGUCCCUGCGCCCCUUCAUGUUGCACAACCGGUCCAAGACCAAGCUGCCUCUCAUCCCGAAAUGA